AUGCUCUCAACUGCGACUAACGAAUCCCUUGCUCCGGCGCCGUCCCUUUUCCCCUUUGAUCGACCGCCAGACACUGCAACCUCUCCGACGGCCUUCCUCUCUUCGGAUACAGGAGCCGGAACGCCUGCUACCGAAGCGGACAUGCUCAUUGACUCUAUUUCCACAGUGGUUCAUCCACGACGUCAGGAAAAUGGAGCUAAGGCGGUAAUAGCGCAGACUCAACCCGAUCCUGAUCAAGGGAGGAUGGCGGCUUCCCCGACAAAGCCCCAGGCCAAAUUCUCCUAUGCAACAGCCCUAACGGGCUAG